CUAAUACCGCUCAGUAAUGUACAUACCUUACCACCGACAGCCCCGCUCACGAAGAAAUCGAGUUAUCGCGGCACGACUCCUCGCGUCUCAGGUGCCGCGACUAGUUCUUGAGCAUUGUUCUCAGAGCCGCUCCGAGCCAAUCUAGAUUACACCUGGUUAUAGACCUGUCACUUCGCAAGAAGAUAUCGGGCCUCUUCCGCAGCUUGAAAACCCGGUGCUGUCAUUGCACCUCGCGGGUGUUCGCACAGAGGUCACGCAGCCAGCCGACGUGCUCUUGCGCCUCUGUAAUCCACCUAGACAUCAAGUUGCUCAAGGGCUGACCUGUGAAUUGCACAGCCGAACAUCUACCUGAGGGCGUCUGCGACACCAGUGCAGCGGGCAGCCGUUGUUCGGCUUUGUCAAGCUUUGUAGUCCGCAUUCUGCGCUAGUGGGCGCUGAGCACACUGCCUGCACGCGCAGCAUCUAGAAUGUCAUCCCUUUUACCAGCUGGCACUGGCUCGACUUCCACGCCCGUGAGCCUAGCAAAACUCAGCGCAGCACGAUUGGCCAACCGUUUCGUGGAGCUGGGCAAGGUCCCUCGCGACCAGCGGUGCAGCGAGUCGCCAGCGCUAGAUGACUUGUAUCGCUAUGCAAAACGGGCGAGGACAAGUGGAUGCGGCCAGCAACUGGAGGUUUUUGACUCGACACGCGGCGAAGCCCAGGCGCCAGGCGCGCGCAAUCACUCGAGAGGCAGCAGCUACGUUGCGCAGCCGGCGAGUGUCUGGUCAGCGUGGGCAUCAGCCAGCAACCCUGACAGCAGCUGCGGCAUGAGCCCGGAGCGAGGGGGCCGCGCGUGUCAUCCGUUUCCGCAUACGAUGACCGUUUCCUCGGCUGUCAACCUCGCACCGGGGCAGCUGCCUGGCACCAGCCCGGAAGGCCGAAGUGGUGUGGCCCUGUGCGGCGGUUGUGCAUCGGUGGGCGGGGCAACCGCGCGAAGCAGCUGGCGCUUUGCUGGCAGCGCCCCCACCUUGUCGACAUGUCGUGACGAGGAACCCCUGCCGCCGGCACAUCACAGCAGACCGCUGCACGUGCCAGCGUGCCAGCCCCUGCUCAUCAGCCUUCCGGCGGCGUUGCAGCCCUCUUCGCAUGGCAGCAGCUGCUGCGCCAUGGGAGCAGCUGCCGGUGGCGUCGUGCGGCUGUCAGCGGCGCAGCUAGCCGCCCUCACGCGCAGCAGUGAGGCCGCCUUGCGCCGAAGCCUGGAGGCGAGCCAUCAGUCGUUUCUGCAACAUCAGCAGCAGCAUUCCGCCUCUGUUGCAACGCAGACAUGGCCCCGGCGACCGCUGCUGCUUGGUCCCUCCGCUGGUGCCUCGGCCAGUGACAGCUUUCCCUUCGCCCGUGCCAGCUCCCACAGUAGCGGCGACUUCGGCAGCUGCUGUGUCGCGUCGGGUUGCAACGACAGCUGUGACGUCGCUAGCGCCAGCCGCCGCAAUUUCGGCAACACGACCUAUGAUUGCGGCGGCGGCAGCAGGGGCAGCAGCCCGCUGCCUGUGGCGCCAGCGACACCGACCCAGCUACGUGACUUGGCCCCCCGCGAGUGCAUUCUGCUCACAUGCCGCGGCCUGUGCCUGUCGGCGGACACCACUGGCCGCCUGGCGCUGCACAUAUGGACUCGGGUAGAACCCCUGGCGCGCCUGUUGCUGUCUGUGCGGCCAGAAGGCGCCGCCGCCGCUGCCCCGACGGCUGUCUACGGCUGUCAGGGCGCUGGUGCUGCGGCCGCGGGGCUGCAGGUGUAUGCCGUGGCGGCUGUGUGGGUGGCAGCGAAGCUUGAGGAGCGGCGUCAGGAGGUGCCGGGCAGUGGCGCACUAGCGGUGGCCGCGCGCAGCAGCCCCGCGGCCCUGGCGGCAGCUGAGCUGCGCAUUCUGCAGUGGUGCGACUGGGCCCCGUACACUGGGUUUGUGCCUGACGAGUCCCACCUGCUGGUGUGGGCACCCUGAUGAAUUGGAAGCAUGCCAAGCCGGCCUAGCAGCAGCAGCAGGGGGUCGGGUGAUGAUGUGGGGUGCGGGGUAUGGAGGUGGCAUCCUGUAUGUUUAUCUGGGCGCUUCAUUGAGUCGUCGAGUAGGUUCAAAUAUGUGGCGUGAGAGCCGCCUCUCCCUGGUUAGUGCACGUGCUAGAGUGCUGUGCUGCAGUAUGAUGCUUCGUGUUCUAUUUUUGGGGGUUCGCAGGGUACGUUUUGUGGGACUGUGUGUGGCAACGACUGUGUGGCUGCGUGACUGCAUGCCGUACGAACAGACGCCAAUGAAAUACAACAGAUGUUAAUGUUUUCAGCAACUGAAAGCUUCCAAGAAAGAUGGUAUGAUCACAUAUGCACCUUAUUCUUUCCUGACGUUCAUUACUGGGUUACUAGCUUGAAAUAAUCAUGCGGGGGAUGUGGGCACGUACGUUCCUCAUUGCUUGACAGGUGCUGUGUGCCUCCUCUGUACAUGUCCUGCGGAUCGAUCGGUCAUCGCCCAAUGCUUUGAGCGUGUUUUACAAUGCGUGCUGGAAAUGAGAGGGAGAGCGCACCUGCAGGCCGCAGCAGCAGACGUGCGAAGUAAAUUGGCUGGAAUGCCGGUUUACGAAUGUCCUUAAGGGUGCUUGGCCAGGUGCUGCAGAUGUGGAUGGUUGUACAUCACACAGAUGCACCCCUGGUGCAUAGUACGGAAUCCUCAGCCAUGAUGUGGGCUUGGACAUAAGAAGUCAGGGGGUGUAACUAUGACGGCUGACCUUGAUCGCGCCCUGCAGCAGCUGUGCUGUGGAUGAAUGCAAAGAUGAAUGCGCUCGUGCGUGGCCGUUGCCUGCGAACGCUCACCAACUGGUCACAUGGCUAUGGCUGUAGAUGCAUGCAAUGAGAAUUGAGCUC